GGAAGGACACGGCUCGGCUCGGCUCGGCUCGGCUCGGCUCCAGCAGCAGUUCCUUUGUCUGCGGUCAUGUCGGGGCCGGAGCGGCCGGCAGGCCACGUCCAGUUGGAUAGCAGACCUAUAUUAUCUACUACAGAUGGAAAUCAGAACAUCACAGAAGUAGAUGCGUUCGAUACAAGGCAAACACAUGAUCCUGCAGUGCAGUACAAAAUGAACCAUCAAAGAAGAGGAAUUGCAUUAAUCUUCAAUCAUGAACACUUUUUUUGGCAUUUAAAAAUGCCAGACAGACGUGGGACUUUGGCAGACAGAAACAAUCUGAAACGCAGUUUGACAGACCUUGGAUUUGAAGUCAGAGUUUUUGAUGAUCUGAAAGCAGAAGGCGUGCUGCAGGAAAUUUAUGAAGCCUCUCUGGAUGACCACAGUAAUGCUGACUGCUUUGUUUGUGUGUUCCUGAGUCAUGGCGAGAAUGAUCAUGUUUACGCAUAUGAUGCCAAAAUCAAAAUUGAGACAAUCACAGACAUGUUCAGAGGAGACAAGUGCCGGAGUCUAGUAGGAAAACCAAAGAUAUUUAUCAUUCAGGCAUGUCGAGGUGAUAAACAUGAUGAUCCAGUUAUUGCUCAUGAUUCAACAGACAGUAGCAACGAAUCCACUGUCAAUGAGACUGAAGUGGAUGCAGCUGGUGUCUAUACUCUGCCCGCUGGUGCAGACUUUAUCAUGUGCUACUCUGUAGCGCAGGGCUACUAUUCUCAUCGUGAGACUGUAAAUGGCUCCUGGUACAUUCAAGAUCUGUGUGAAACGCUUCGGAAGCACGGGUCUUCCUUGGAGUUCACAGAGCUUCUUACUGUCGUUAACAGGAAAGUAUCUUACCGCAAAGUGGAUGUGUGCAGAGACAGUAAUGCUAUAGGAAAAAAACAGAUUCCUUGUUUUGCCUCAAUGUUAACUAAAAAAUUGUAUUUUCAUCCAAAAGCUAAGUAGAUUGUUAUUUAACAACGAUGACCAUUAACUACUACUUGCUGCAGAAAUGAAAACACCAUCUUAGUUCAGGAAACUAAUACUCUACAAGAUUGUUCGCAAAAUCACUGGAAUCAAACAUUAUAGUUUGUAUACAUAAUAGAUUCUAAAAUCUUAAAGCAAUUUUAAAGCUAGUAUUACAGCUCAGGGAAUUUGGGAAAAGCUGACUGGUCCAAAACUCUAUAGAAGGUGCUCAGAUUUUAUUGAAAUUGGUAUCUAGAUUACUUUUUUGUAAAAAGCCUUUUGCUUAAUUGCCAUCUAACUAUGGCACAUUUUACUACUUCCAAAACAUUUCUAAUGUUGCAUUAGAUUAACUUAUCUUGCUUCAAGAGCACACUUUAUAGGGAAUAAGUUUGUAGGGUAUCUUUUUAGAUUUGUGGAAGCAGCAUCCACGUUGCAAUUUUUGUGGCUUUAUUGAGCUUUUUGGACAUUUUUUAAUUAUUUUCUCUCAGCACUAAAAAGGAAUUUAAUUCCUUGAGUACAGUUGUAGCAUUAACAUACGGUUAAUUAAAUAGGGUUAAUUAAUAAAGGGUUUCUUUUUACUUGAA